UAUAUUUUGUCUUGGGGAGUUGAAUUACAGAGGAAAAACAGUGAUUAAUUGAGACAUUUGGAAUCCGUUCAGUAAACGGUAAUCUGAUUUCAUCAUCCACAAUUACCACUAACAACAACUCUCCACAUCUCAUGAAUUCCUCUGUUUCACUUAAAACCUCUUUUAUUUGUAAUGACAACAACCAUAAGAAACUCUUCUUACCUAACUUCAAAAGCUCAAGCAAAAAAAUCACAGUUCCUAAAAUUAGGUCUUUUUCAGCUAACAAAUCCAAAAAUUUGAGUCAAGAGAAUCUCAAAGAUGGAUUUUGUUUCAGGAAUCAUGUUUCAAGACAUAACAACAUUGCUUCUUGACCCAAAGGCAUUUCAAGAUACGAUUGAUCUGUUUGUUGAGAGAUACAAAAACAAGGACAUCACAGUAGUCGCAGGAACGGAAGCCAGAGGUUUCAUCUUCGGUCCUCCAAUUGCCUUAGCUAUUGGGGCAAAAUUUGUGCCUCUGAGGAAACCCAAGAAGCUACCUGGGGAGGUUAUAUCUGAAGAGUACACUUUGGAGUAUGGAACAGAUAAACUAGAAAUGCAUGUCGGAGCUGUACAGGCAGGAGAACGUGCUCUUAUAGUAGAUGAUCUUAUUGCGACAAGGGGGACUUUAUGUGCUGGAAUCAGGCUAUUGGAACGUGUUGGAGCAGAGGUAGUCGAGUGUGCUUGUCUAAUUGAAUUACCUGAGCUUAAGUGAUGAAUGAAUUUUUAUAACUUCAGGGGCGUGAUCGAUUGGGAAAUAAACCACUCUUCAUUCUUGUAAGUGCGGUUUAGUUUCAUGUUUAAAGAGAAUUUUUUCUUGGUGGGAGGAGCUCUUUAUCGCACAUGGUUUGGUUGAAAUAAGUGUUUUCUUGAAGUGUAAUAGUGAACUAGUAUUAGUUGGUUGUAGUAGAAGCUGAAUAAU